AUGUCUCAGUAUUCCAAAUUGCCGCUUUUCCCGGGAAAUCACUUCCCCGAUGUUGGCAAGAACAACUUCCAGAGGCCGCAGAUCUGGACGCACUACAGAGGCAUUCCGGCGCUGUCCGACCGCCGGCGGCAGGACACGGUGGAGAUGAUAGCGCUGUACCCGCCCAAGAUGGCGCAGAAUCUCACGCCCGGAUGGCUGCAGUACGACAAGAGGGUGCUCUGCUUCGACGCCUUCUUCCGCGAGGGCGUCGCCGACGCGUCCGCCUACCAGAUCCGCAGCAUGCGCAUCUCCUUCUUCCUCGAGGACGGCACGGUGCAGGUGAUCGAGCCCAAGAUCGCGGACUCCGGCAUUCCGCAGGGGUGCAUCGUGAAGCGCCAGAAGGUGCCGGCGGGCGAUCUGCACGAGCGCAAGUUCCUCUCCGUGCUGGACUUCAACGUGGGCAAGCCGGUGACGAUCUUCAGUCGCACUUAUCACGUGACGAAUUGCGACGACUUCACGCGGCAAUUCCUCAACCAGCUGGGCAUCCGCGUGCCACAGGCUGAGUCCAUUCCGGUGGAUCCCAACACGGAGAUGCGCAAGGCGCAGGCCAACGUCACGGUUCGGCGCUUUGGCGUGAAGAGCAACAAAUUGGCGCAGUUUCUGCAGAACGACGGCAAAGUGCUGCGCUACUCGGGCUUCUGGGACAGCAGAGAGAAGGACAUGGGCUACGUGAGGGACUUGACUGUCCUCUUCUACCUCUGCGACAACACACUGGAGAUCAUUGAGGUUCUGCCGGCGAAUUCGGGGCGACAGGAAACUCUGCAAUUCCUCAAGCGCAUGAAAUUGCCGAAGAAAGCUUCCGCCGUCACAGAUCUGGACUUGCGCAAUCCAAUGACGGUGCUGAAUGUCUUCGGAAUGGGACUGACGAAUGGCAGAUUCAUCCCGGAUUCCAAAGCCGAAGAGGCGGAUAAGAACGAGUUCGUGACGGAGAAGGAUUUGCAAGUCGGCAAGACUUUGGAUGUCUUCGGACGAAGCGUUGUGCUAAUCGAUUGCGACGCUUUCACGCGGAAUUUCUACAAAGAAAAGUACGGUCUUGAAGGAAUCACUCCACUAGAAAAGGCUCAAGAUCCCGACCAGACUUCAGUCGUGCUGAAGCCCAAGGAGAGACAACUUCCGGCCUUCAACGGUUGGGGAACGCAUCAAGAUUCUGAGGAGAAUUGCAAGACUUUGGAGCCAAAACCGCCAAAAACGGACGUGAAGAAGUUCAUCAGCCAUGAAAAUCAAGUGUUGCGCUUCGGCGCUAAGUUGAUUUCGCGAAUCAAGGAGAAUUCCGAGAGAAUCUUCAUCGUCAAUUACUACUUGGCCGACGAUACGAUUUCCGUAUUUGAGAAACCUGUGCGAAAUUCCGGUUUUACGGGCGGAAGAUUUCUGCAUCGCAAGCAAUUCUUCUUGCCAAAUCAGAAUCUCAUGUCUUCAGUUCGUCCGCAGAUCUUCGCGCCGCAGCAUUUCUUCAUCGGCAGCAGGAUUCAAUUGUCCGAUCACGUGUUCGAAAUCGUGUCGGCGGAUUGUCACGUGUUUGAUUACAUGGAGAAGAAUCAAAAUACGUUUCCGUACGCCAACAUCGAUACGAUCAUGACGAAGAUUCGGGACACAAUUCGGCCGCACUACAAAGUCUUCAUUGCCGAGUAUCUUCCGAAGCUGGCGAUGCGGGAGAAUGGAAGCUUGGCUGCGGACUUUGAGAUGAUGAAGGACAUGCUGACGCAUCUACUGAACGGAGACGUCAAGACGCACGAGAUCAUCACGAUUUGCAGGUAUUUCCAGAGCGCCGACGUGGAAAUGAACAUGAAAGAGAGAGGAAGUGUCGUGGAUUGGAACAAGUUUAUAGACUUUAUUGGAUUGGAAGAUGAUUUGAAACAAGAUACAGAAUAAAUCACUUGAAAUUGACUCUUUUGGAGA